AGGGCAUGAUGAUGAUGAUGAUGAUGCAACAAUGCAAUUAACAUUGAGUGUUUGUGCCAUUUACCGUUAUAUGCCAUGUACUGUUCUGAGUGCUUUAUAUGUGAUCCAGGUAAUCUUGCCAGCAACUGUAGGAGUAAUUGUUGUUACUGUGUUUAUUUUACAGAUGAGGAAACUGGGACACAGGAGAUUUAAUUACUUAACCAAGGUUAUACAACUAGGAAGUGAUAGAACAAAAUCUGAACGCAGGCUCUCUGGCUACAGAUUAUACUAGAGGAAGGAAAUCUGGGGAUAGUUGGUAAAAACACCCUUAAGCUUGGAGUAAGGUAAUUUCUUUGGGAGAUUAGGAGAAGUGUACUAUCCUGCCAUAAUAAAGAGAAAAUGAACAAACCAUAGGAGAAUAAUAUUGGCAGACAGUGUCCAACUAGAUAAAAUAUACUAUGGGUUAGGCAGAUGGGAGGGAAAGUGGAAGUGAAAUGUGGCAGAUGCAUUAUACAGUGAAACAUGGUGCACAGAUAGUCAUUGAGUUUAACCUUGAUGAGACCAGAAAGCAGUUAACUUUCUUGUACAUAUGAAAUCUGUCUUUAAAUGCCUGAAGAACGGGCUUACUCAAUUGAGAUAGAGAUUUGCAGUGAUUUUUCAAGGAGGUAUAGGGGCAUUUAACAUCUUCCCCCACACACACCCAAUAUAUCAUAAUCAUACAGUUGUCAAAUCAUUACACAUACAAUUUCCUUGAUUCUGGUUUUUUCCUCUAUUCCUUUAGGGGGAUGAAACCUAUCACCCCUUUAGAGCACUUUAAAAAGUGUGUGUGUGUGUGUGUGUGUAUUAAAAUAAUAAAUACAUUGUGAAAAAUCACCAACAGGUAUGACCAAUGAAAGGGGAAAAUUUCCUUCCCAUUAUUAUCUUGUUCUCUAGAGAGAAUCUCUCUUAAAAUUUGGUUGUAUUUGAAACUGUUUUUACUGAUGGAAAUGUGCUGGAAUUCUGUCAUGGUUAUUGAGAUAGAAAAAUAUUGAGACUCACUUCCCUAAUGCCAAGAAUGGAAGGAAUGGAAAGGAGAUGUUGGAGCUUUAUCACUGGAAGUGUAAGACUUGUAGAAAUGCUAGAAAGAAGAUGCAAGCAUUGGCCAGGAUUGGUGGGAUUAGAGACAGAAGAAGGAGGAGGCAUUGACUAAAUGACUUUUAACAUCCCUUUCAAACCUGUAAUUCUGUGUUUUUACCAACAGACUGAUAACCCAACCCAAAGGAAAAGACUCCAGUGUAAUUUUGAGAUAGUUGACUUGAGUGGAAGAAAAAGUGGUAUGGAGAAACUAACUGAGAAACUGAUUUAUCAAAGGUCAGAGCAAGGUAUUGGUGGAUCCAGGGAUAAAUCCCAACCCUCUUAACUCCUGAUCAGUUUUUAGUUCUUUGACUAUGCAGCCUAAUGGCUUCCCUGGUGGCCCACGGGGUUAAGCACAGCACCAUGAAGCAAUCCGCAUCUCUGCAGCAUGAUUUCAAUCACUGGCCAGCCAAGGAGCUACCCACAUGUAAUAGACUGGAAUGAUGUUAGAAAACACAAAUAUAGUCAUCUGUCAGAGUCUGCAUCCCAAUGUCAAGAAGCUACCGACAUCCUGGAGCUAGGUCAUUUUACCUGGGACAAAUACCUAAAAGAAACAUGUUCAGUCCCAGCACCUGUCCAUUGCUUCAAGCAGUCCUAUACCCCUCCAAGCAACAAUUUCAAGAUCAGCAUGAAACUGGAAGCACAGGAUCCCAGGAACACCACAUCCACCUGUAUUGCCACAGUUGUUGGACUGACAGGUGCUCGCCUCCGUCUCCGCCUUGAUGGCAGCGACAAUAAGAAUGACUUCUGGCGGCUGGUUGACUCAGCUGAAAUCCAGCCUAUUGGGAACUGUGAGAAGAAUGGGGGUAUGCUGCAGCCUCCUCUUGGAUUUCGGCUGAAUGCCUCCUCUUGGCCCAUGUUCCUUUUGAAGACACUCAAUGGAGCAGAGAUGGCUCCCAUCAGGAUUUUCCACAAGGAACCACCAUCGCCUCCCCACAACUACUUCAAAAUGGGAAUGAAGCUAGAAGCUGUGGACAGGAAGAACCCUCAUUUCAUUUGCCCAGCCACUAUUGGGGAGGUUCGGGGCUCAGAGGUGCUUGUCACUUUUGAUGGGUGGCGAGGGGCCUUUGACUACUGGUGCCGCUUCGACUCCCGAGACAUCUUCCCUGUGGGCUGGUGUUCCUUGACUGGAGACAACCUACAGCCGCCUGGCACUAAAGAUGCCGCAGCGGUUGAGCGCUGGGUUACGAAGCUGCCAGCAGCCUCCACAACGCCGGUUCGAUCCCCGGCCACAGUUGUGAUCCCAAAGAAUCCCUAUCCUGUAUCUGAGGUGAACACUGAGAAGCCCAGCAUCUACAGCAGCACCAAAACUGUCUUGGAGCAUCAACCAGGACAGAAGGGGCGUAAACCAGGAAAGAAGCGGGGCCGGACACCCAAGCCCUUAAUUCCCCAUCCCAUCUCAACCCCUUCCAAGUCAACUGAACCUUUGAAAUUUCCAAAGAAGAGGGGUCCCAAACCUGGCAGUAAGAGGAAACCUCGGAAUUUGCUGAACCCACCACCCACCUCACCAACAACCAGCACCCCUGAACCGGAUACCAGCACUGUACCCCAAGAUGCUGCCACCAUCCCCAGCUCAGCCAUGCAGGCCCCCACAGUUUGUAUUUACUUGAACAAGAACGGCAGCACAGGCCCCCACUUAGAUAAGAAGAAGGUCCAGCAACUCCCUGACCAUUUUGGGCCGGCCCGUGCCUCUGUGGUGUUACAGCAGGCUGUCCAGGCUUGUAUCGACUGUGCUUAUCACCAGAAAACCGUCUUCAGCUUCCUCAAACAAGGCCACGGUGGUGAGGUUAUCUCAGCCGUGUUUGACCGGGAACAGCACACCCUCAACCUCCCAGCAGUCAACAGCAUCACCUACGUCCUCCGUUUCCUGGAGAAACUCUGCCACAACCUUCGCAGUGACAAUCUGUUUGGCAACCAGCCCUUUACACAGACACAUUUGUCACUCUCUACCACAGAGUACAGCCACAGCCACGACAGGUACCUACCAGGUGAAACGUUUGUCCUCGGAAAUAGUCUGGUCCGGUCCUUGGAGCCACACUCAGACUCAAUGGACUCUACCUUGAAUCCCACCAACCUUGUUAGCACCUCUCAAAAUCUUCGAACCUCUGGGUACAGGCCUUUGCUCUCCUCCUGUGGCCUCCCACUUAGCUCUGCUUCAGCUGUGCGCAGGCUGUGCUCCAGGGGGUCGGACCGAUACCUGGAAAGCCGGGACGCCUCUCGACUGAAUGGCCGGGACCCCUCCUCAUGGACUGUCGAGGAUGUGAUGCAGUUUGUUCGGGAAGCUGAUCCUCAGCUUGGGCCCCACGCUGACCUCUUUCGCAAACACGAGAUCGACGGCAAGGCUCUGCUUCUGCUUCGCAGCGACAUGAUGAUGAAGUACAUGGGUCUGAAGCUGGGGCCUGCACUCAAGCUCUCCUACCACAUUGACCGACUGAAGCAGGUGUCCACAGCUCUCCUCAGCAUCUCUGUGGAAGUCCCUGAGGUCGCUCUCUGGGAUGUGGCCUGGUGGACACAGUUGCCAAGUGGACACAUGGUUUCUACCCUCAGGCCGGAUACCACAAUCCCUCCUCAGGAAGAGCCAGAAAGUGACUCACCCUUCCUCCUUGAGACAAAAGAAAAACAUGGAAAACCUUCUUGCCUGGGAGAGUGCAGGUACUCCUGGCCUUACUGUCUUCCCUCGACUUUUUGCAGCCUCUUUACCCUAAUGCUCUCCAAGUCACUACAUCAGGGAAGCUCCACAACUGCAGCCCAGGACAGUCACCCGAAAGCUGCUGCAGAUGCUUCCAGGAGCCAGCAGCCAACAGGUCCAGCGUACACACUGCAUUCCAGAUGCCCUGUGGGUGGCAGGGGGCUGGCCCCAUCCAAGGACAGCCAAGAGCCUGCAGGCAGUCACGGUGUGCAGGGGGCGCUCAAGGCAGGCUGAAGUGAUAGGGGCCCAGUGGCAAAGCCUGUGUCCUCCCCACUUCUCCCCUGAGUUCAGUCCACUCUUGACAUCCUUGCUUUCCCAACACAGCAGCUGAGCUUGUCCCCACCCACACGCUGCCCUCACCCUCUGCCCCUUCUCCAGCCCUCCUGGGCAGUUAGUGCCUAUCCCAUCACUGAGGUGGUGGGAGCCACCCAGGGGACACUCCAGUUUUCAACUCAAAAAGCCCUUUCUCAGCUCCCUCAUGGCCUUCUCUUUGGGCCAACUCCCAUUUUUAACUAAAUCCAGGAGUUUUUCUCCAGUGCCAGGUGGGGUUUGUCAGUAAGAUCGCAGACAUCCAGCAAGAGGAUUGAAAGGGGUUGCUUGUCCCACAACAAUGAGCUCUCAUCUGCCACUGCCUGCAGAGCACCAUCAAUACUGUUAGAAAGCCUAACAUCCUAUUUCAGUAUUUAAUAUAUUAUGUAUUUAGUGCUUACAAUAAAAGACGAAUUUUGCCUCCUGAACAAAAGAAAUGGAACUAAAAUUGUUGAAGAUUACAGGGAAAUAUGUGACCCAGUAGUUUAAAGAGGUUUCCAGUAAGCCUGGGGACAGUUUUGGCUCUCAAACCAGUUUGGAAAAUUUCACGCAGAGCAGCUGCCUGAUAGCAAGGCCUCCAGAGAAGCAGGGAGAAGGCCCUGGUUGUGUUCACAAGUUUCAUCUGUCAGGCACCUCUCCUGGCCAGCUGUCUAUUUCUGCACCACUCAGCAUGACUCCUUUUAAUCAGCUGAGACAGCUACACUGCUGCUGCUGCUGAAGUCAGAGUCUAGAAGGGCCUGAGGAAGGGGGAGGCAGGGAGGUGUAGAGCCGGACCUCUCAGAGCUGUAGCUACAGUGACGGGCAGGUAGGGGCCACCAGACAGGCUCUCCCCCGGCCACUGCCAC